GGGCCCGGGAUGGACUACUUGUGUUGUGCUUUUCUGCGCGUCAGUCUUCAGGUUGUAGAGUGAGGGUGUGAACGCGUCUUGGUCGACUUCCAUACAACCUGUUCGUUUGUUCACUGGAAAAAUCAGGUCGUGGUUCGGAGAUCUCGGCUCAUUAUCGGAUUCCAGGAUUGUACUGCUUCAACAACUAGUUGAUUUCUUAUAUCUGAUGCUCUAUCUGUAAACUUGCUUUAUAAUUUUAGUUUUUUCUCUAAGUUAAAGAUAGUGGUAUGUUUGUUUCUGCUUUGCAAGGGUGUGCAGCUGUGUGUUGUAUGUAAGCGUUAAAAAUAGUAGGUAUUUUAUUUUUUUUAAUAUUUUUUUUUUUUUAUUAAUUUGGGAGAUGUUAGAUGUGUGAUUAGUGUAUGGAAUACAUGAUUUGUGUGAUGUUAGUUUGAGCCCUUAGUUUAUUUAGGUUUUUUAUUAGUUUUUUAAUAGGUAUUAUAGUGUUACUGGAAUGUUAUUUUAAUAGUAGGUACAGUAUAUUAAAAUUUGGCUGGCUGGGUAUUUUAUUAUUAUUUAGAGAAAGGUGGUUGUUGAAUAGGGAUGUAGGAUUUAUAAGGAUAGGUACUACUGUAUGUAAAGUUUUGCAGUUUUUAGAUCAAGUGAUUAGAUAGUUAGGUAGCCUAUAUGAGUUGUUAUUCUGAGUAUUCUUUUAUGUUUAGGUAGGAUAUUGAUAUCUUAUAGGUUGUAGGUUUGUUUGGUUGAAGAUAGAGCACAGAUUGAUUUUCAACAUGAUUUACAAGUCAAGUGAUAGAAGAGUUUUUGAAGCUUUGUGUCUGGAACCGGAGAAGAGGGGCUUUAGCUAUGAUCCUGUCUUACUGGUUGAUGUGGACCAUGCUUUUGAUUUUGAUGAAGCAAUCAUUAGAUUGACCACAAAAUGCAACUCUAUUGUAACACAAUUACGGACCCUUGGCCAUCAUGUGGAAGAGUUCUCGGUCUUGUCGUCAAAAGUUGGGCCAUCAACCGUAACAUCUCCUGUCUCAAGUAAAAUCAAAGAAGCAGAAAAUGUAAGUUCUCCAGAAAGCCGGAACUUGAAGUUGAUGGAAGAUAAGUGGCGAAUAAUGAAGCGCAAAAAUUACUCUGGAAUGGUAGCAGUGGCACGAAUAUCUAGAUCGUCCAUCCCCAGAAAUGGAUCUGGUGGGAAGUACUCUGUUCGAACUUUUGCACAAGCGCUCAUGAGUCACAUACAAGCAUACUUCAUGUUUCAAAGCUACAAUCCAGAUUUUGUUCCUUGGAUGUCUGGAGGUCCAUAUGAUGUGGAAGAUGCAGAGGAGUAUUUGGUGUAUUUGGUGUACAGGAUACAUCAUACAGGACCAAUACGUGCCCCCAAGAAGCGAGCUCUUUCGGAAGUGGAUAAAUUGGAAAUGCACUGGGGAAUGUUCACUACUGUGACUAGAAGACGAAGGCGUUACACUUCGGGUGAAAGUAGCAUGAGCAGCAGCAGUAUUGGCAGUAGUGCCAGCAGUACGCCUAGUGGAGGGCCAACUUUUGUUACUGCUCCUGUGACUCGAUCCACUUCUAGAGUCCCUGUCCCAGAUCAUGUAUGGGAUCAUUUUUCACCACCAUCUGCACCCAAGGCUCCAUCUACUGGAUCCACUUCAUCAAGACCUUCAACUCCAUCACAGCCCAGAACUCCUACAAGACAGUCCCGCAGGUCAAAGACUCCAGAUAGUGACAGUACUUUGCUGAGAAAAAAACCUGUUUCAUUGAGAAGAAGAGCUUCAUUUUCAGAAGGAUCUGGUGAAUCUGCAAAAAGAGUAAUCAAUUUAAGGCCUCGUAGAAAGUUGUCCAACAAACGUCUGUCGUCUGGUGACUGAGCCAUUAUGAACGGAAGCAGAUGAGUCCUUGUGGGGGAGGAGAAGUGGUUAUCAACUAGUGAAUGCCAGUAUUUCUGUGAGGAUUAUCUGUUGAAGUUAUGCAAAUUGUAGUUCUCACUUCCAUGUCAUUACAAAAAGAAACUAUCUGAAAGAUUUAUUAUAUAUAAAAAUAUUGUUGUGUCUGUGGGCUUUAGGAAAACUGACGGUCAAGAACCACCAUGUGUUUCCACAAUCCCAUAUUUUGCUGAUGCAGAGAAAUGUAAAUAAGGUUAUAUCUUUUGAUACAUAUUGUUGUCUAGUCUGUAUGGCAUAUCAGGAAAACACAGUGCAAGAAGAAAAUUUAUAACAAAAAUGCCCCAGUGUGGUUUUACAACAUAUGUGGUUUAAGUCCGUUUUUAAGAAGCCCAAGUAUGUUUUAGUACUAUUGUAGUUGUAAGAGAUCCUAUGCUAUAGGUAUUUUUAAUAUCUUUCACUCCCAUGAAUAUAUUUGGCCUUUAAACAUUACAUUUUUGUUUUUUAGUACUAAAAGUGUACUGUAGUGUUUGCUUUUGUUUGCAGUCAGUUUCUGUUUAUUCCAGGAUGUAGCAAGUCAGACAGGUUUGCUCUUAGACAGUCAAGUUCUGUCAUGUUUGAUUUAUGAUAAUUGCCAAGUUCAGCAUAUAUAUAUAUAUAUAUACGUAUAUAUAUGUGUGUAUGUUAUUUUCUGUUUGAGCCAAUCCGCCAACUCCUUGAGAAAGCAGCUAUUUCUAGUCAUACAUAUAUCCAGUAAGGAUACUUAAGCAUUGAUAGAUAAAGGGUUGAUCAGGCCAGCCUUUAGAAUGGAAAUAAAGAUCAGAUUGGUUUUAGGAAUUGCUUUAUAAUCUGUACCAAACCAAGUAAUCUUGUGCUUGGUAAACAAAUCCAGUUGGUUGACAUAUUGUUUUAUCUAUUAAAUAUUUUAUUUAAAAUUUGGGAUUUAACAUUUUAUGGUGGGGCCUUAUUUUUGCUGAUAGUUUCUGUAGGCUAUUCCAGGAUAACCUUGUAUCAUCGGGUUGUUUUUCUAAACGCAGAGUACGGAUAAAUGCUGCAAGUCAGUUGAUUCUACAGAUUGCUCUAAGCUCUUCUAUUAACACUCCACCCCCCACCCCCCGCCUUUUUUUUUUUUUAGAUUUACAUAGUGGGUGUGUUAGGGUAACUUGAGUUUUGUCAUGGAUUUAUUGUGUAACUUAAAUGGUGAACCAUCAA